AUGGAAUCCUCAGUGGCAGCCGAUCUGGUUCAAUUCUUGAAUGCUUCUCCAACAGCUUUUCAUGCAGUUGAGGAAGCCAAGAAGAAGUUAAUAAGUGCAGGGUAUAAACAAAUAUCAGAGAGACAGGAAUGGGAUUUAGAAGCUGGCAAGAAAUAUUUCUUCACCAGGAAUCACUCCACUAUCGUUGCUUUUGCUAUUGGUGAAAAAUAUGUUGCCGGGAAUGGAUUUUAUAUAGUUGGUGCUCACACUGAUAGUCCAUGCCUGAAAGUAAAGCCAGUUUCAAAGGUAUCGAAAGGUGGGUUUCUGGAAGUUGGGGUGCAAACAUAUGGAGGGGGCUUGUGGCAUACAUGGUUUGACCGCGAUUUAAGUAUUGCCGGAAGAAUAAUAAUAAGAGAACGGAAAGAUGGUUCAGAAUCCUACUCACACUGGCUUGUCAGAAUUGAGGAGCCUAUAAUGCGAAUCCCUACAUUGGCAAUUCACUUGGACAGAGGAGUUAAUGAUGGAUUCAAGGUGAACACAGAAAGUCAUCUUGCUCCAGUAUUGGCUACAUCAGUUAAGGAAGCCAAGAAGAAGUUAAUAAGUGCAGGGUAUAAACAAAUAUCAGAGAGACAGGAAUGGGAUUUAGAAGCUGGCAAGAAAUAUUUCUUCACCAGGAAUCACUCCACUAUUGUUGCUUUUGCUAUUGGUGAAAAAUAUGUUGCCGGGAAUGGAUUUUAUAUAGUUGGUGCUCACACUGAUAGUCCAUGCCUGAAAGUAAAGCCAGUUUCAAAGGUAUCGAAAGGUGGGUUUCUGGAAGUUGGGGUGCAAACAUAUGGAGGGGGCUUGUGGCAUACAUGGUUUGACCGCGAUUUAAGUAUUGCCAGAAGAAUAAUAAUAAGAGAACGGAAAGAUGGUUCAGAAUCCUACUCACACUGGCUUGUCAGAAUUGAGGAGCCUAUAAUGCGAAUCCCUACAUUGGCAAUUCACUUGGACAGAGGAGUUAAUGAUGGAUUCAAGGUGAACACAGAAAGUCAUCUUGCUCCAGUAUUGGCUACAUCAGUUAAGGCUGAGCUCAACAAACCAGUUGCUGAGAAUGUUUCUGUUGAAAGUGAAGUUCCAACCGAUGGGAAGAAGAUCAAAGAAACUAAAAAUAGUCCAAAGCAUCACUCUCUUCUUUUGCAGCUUAUUGCAGCUCAGACAGGAUGUGAUCCAGAUGACAUAUGUGAUUUUGAAUUGCAAGCAUGUGAUACUCAACCAAGUACUAUUGCCGGUGCCAUGAAUGAAUUUAUUUUCUCUGGAAGACUGGAUAAUCUCUGCAUGUCAUUUUGUUCUUUAAAGGCAUUGAUCGAGUCGACCUCCUCUGAAAGUAGUCUCCAAGAUGAGACUGGCGUAAGAAUGGUGGCCUUGUUCGAUCACGAGGAAGUCGGAUCUGAUUCAGCACAAGGAGCUGGAUCUCCUGUCAUGUUGGAUGCUUUAUCACGAAUCACGAGUUCCUUUAGCUCAGAUACAAAGUUGCUACCAAAAGCAAUUCAGAGGAGUUUCCUAGUCUCAGCUGACAUGGCUCAUGCCUUGCAUCCUAAUUACAUGGACAAGCAUGAAGAAAAUCAUCAACCUAGAAUGCAUAGUGGGCUGGUCAUUAAGCACAAUGCAAAUCAACGAUAUGCAACCAAUGCAGUUACUUCCUUUGUAUUUCGGGAGAUAGCAACCAAGCAUGGUCUUCCUGUACAGGAUUUUGUGGUUCGGAACGAUAUGCCCUGUGGUUCAACCAUCGGUCCCAUUUUGGCAAGUGGUGUAGGCAUCCGCACAGUUGAUGUUGGAGCUCCUCAGUUGUCAAUGCACAGUAUUAGAGAAAUGUGUGCAGUUGAUGAUGUUAAGCAUUCGUACGAGCACUUCAAGGCAUUUUAUGAAGAGUUCUCGCAUCUGGAUGCAAAAAUUACAGUGGACAUCUAG